GCCUUCCCAAAACUAUGCGGCUGAAGGCCAUCGGUCAGGGGUAGUUCCCAAUGACUUUAUUCACAGAGACACAAUAGCUUCAUUUCUCUCACAAUAAGACGUUUAUUUUCAUAUUCUACCAACAAGGCAGUUCUUGCCUGCUUUCAUAUCUCCGUUGUAGUGAGAUACCUGCUCAUAUUCUCUUAUAGUCCAAAACCUCUAUCAUACGCUGAUUCUCUCCUCAGCGCAAUGUCUGGCUACGACUCCGGUACAACACCCACAGACAUCAUCACCUACAUCGGUGUUCCUCUAGCCGUUCUCGGUAUCCUCCCGAUCCUUUACAACACCAUUGCGACACUCGCCGCGCGAUCUCGCAUCAGACGCAUGCUCCGUCAUGCCCGCUUGACAGCCCUCACCUUUGACGAGUUGAUCAGCUACCUUCUGGAUCUCGGCGCCAGUCCCGAUGGCCAACACAAAGCCCUCACCAUUGCGCCCCUGAACGAUUCCGACGGCCAUCUUUCGCUAUCUGUGAACUGGUCCUCGCACUGGACCACGAGAAGCCAUGAGUCUCUGCCCCCGUACUGGGUCCGGCUCUUGCCACUCCCCACUCCAGAAGCCUCAGUCAUCGAGCAGGAUGACGAGAAGGGCAGCGACGACGUCAACGCAGAGCCAGAACCAAGCAGCGCAAGCAUCAAGCAAAAGACGGCAUCCCCAUCAUCCUCCGUCGCCAGCAUAUCCCGUGCCGCAAAAUCCAACGCCCAAACCCCAAUAGCCUGCAAAAUCUCCUCCCACGGCCUCAUAAGCGCCAUCCCAGACCACCCAGACCACCCGCCAACGAGCCUCUACACCGAACACAACUACCGCAUCCCGGACGACGUCCUCGCCUUUGCGCGGGGUUCCUCUGUCCCGUGCGGUGUACUCGAGGUCCUAGGCGUCGUCGAUGGAUCCCAGACGCCCGAGUGGGCGAGCUCGCACAAUGACACGCGGGACAACCUCGAUAUUCUGCACCGGCGGAUGCGGGAUCAGAUGAAUGCCAUCUCGGCUGAGCAGCAGAUGGAUCCGGCGCGGAGGGAGCAGGCUGUGAGGGAGAGGAUGCGUAAGGAGUCUGAUCAGCACAUGGACGAUGUCUGCGACAGAAUGCGACUCGACGCCCGCCGCCGCGAAACCCGCGCCCACGAAGCAAUCCAAUCCCCCAAAUGGGACGCCGCCCUCGUGGCAACCCACACCCUCCCCUGGCUCCAGCACCAAGGCUAUUUACAGACAGCCACAUCCUCAACCGCAACCACCGCAGGCGACAUCACCCUCGCCCCGACCCUCCGCUCCGUCGCCGCGGGCCUCUUACACCGCAUGCUCCUCGACGGCGCCUUCGCCUCGUCCCUCUCCGCCGUCCUCGACGCGUGGAUAGCCUGGGCCGACAACGGCGGCAUGCGCAAGUCGGACCUCGAGGCGCUGCGGGAGGGGCCCAAGGCGCUUGAGAUGUUCGCGCUCGCGAGUAUUUUGGUUGCUGUGAUUCGGGAUGUUGGGGGCGCGGCGGAGGGGUCGGUGGGUGUUGAUUUGCAGGAGUGUUUGAGGAUGUGGCGGCAGGUGAGGUUGGGAUGAGUGAUGGAUGAUGCACUUAGGGAGGGCAUCUAUCUUAUAGGCCCGGCCGGUCAUAAGUGGAAAGAAAGAAAGGAUACAAAAAGAAAAAAGAAGAACGACACCAAAAAAGAGUUCACCACCGGUGUGGCUACAUCUCUUGGUGCUCAUGUUGGGAUUCGAACUCGGG